AAAUAAAUCUAUAUAUACUGGUUGUAAGUAUGUUUUAUGUUACAAACGUGAUGAUAAUACUGAGUAUUCGACAGUCAAAAGAUACGCAGUUUGGACGGGCUAAAUACGACUAGAAAAUAUUACGUACACGAAACCCCGAUUCAUCCUGUAUCGAUGUCCACACCUAACAUAUAAAGUGUCUGCGUUCAACAGAGCCGUCACAAUCAUGCCUCAAGUAAGAGUGGAUGAAGUGAAGAGGUUCAUGGAGGAGAGCCUCCAGGCAGCUGGGGCUCCGCCCUCGGAAGCGAAGGCCCAUGCUGAGCUUUUACUGCAUGCUGACGUCACAGGACACUAUAGCCAUGGAUUGAAUAGAUUAGAACUGUAUAUAAAUGACAUCAAAUCAGGCGCGACGGAUCCCAACGGCAAGCCAGUAGUCCUGAAGGAAUCAGCAGCAACGGCAUGGGUGGACGGCCGGGACGCGUUGGGAGCCACCGUGGGGAACUUCUGCAUGGACCUGGCCGUGAAGAAGGCUAAAGAGUCAGGAGUGGGAUGGGUUUCAGCUAAAGGUUGCAACCACUUCGGUAUGGCAGGAUUUUGGGCUCUGAAGGCGGAGCAGGAAGGGCUGAUCGGCAUGGCUUUCACCAACUCCUCGCCAGUUAUGGUUCCUACCAGAUCUAAACAGCGCGCGUGCGGCACUAACCCUGUCGCUAUGUUCGCGCCGGCCGCAAACGGGGACUCGCUUGGCGUCGACAUGGCCAGCACCACGGCGGCUAUGGGAAAGAUAGAAAUUCAAAUUCACAAAGGCGAGCCUAUACCACAUGGAUGGGCUUUAGGUCCAGACGGCAAAACAACUACAGAUGCGCAGCUGGCGUUCAACACAGGCCAUCUUUUACCCCUGGGCGGGUUUGAACAAACCAGUGGCUACAAGGGUUUCUGCCUCAGCGCUAUGAUCGAGGUGUUCUGCAGUGGACUUUCUGGCGCAAACGCAUCCCAUCAGGUCCGGAGCUGGUCUCUCGACAGCAACGAAGGCUCCCCCAACCUGGGGCAGUGCUUCGCUGCCAUCAACCCGGACUGCUUCGCGCCAGGGUUCGCCGAGAGGGUGGCGCACUGUCUCAAGGCUUACAGGAAUCUGGAACCGGUGGAUCCAUCAUUGCCAGUCUUGGCUCCUGGCGACAAAGAGCGGGCCAACGCCCAGAUGACCAAAGACCGAGGGACCAUCAUGUACGCUCAACGUCAGAUCGAUGUGUGCAAUGCUCUGGCCGCCACUGUAGGCGUGAAACCUUUGAAAGUUGUCUAGCAGUAUGUUUGAAUUGUCAUAAUCCUCUUGGCAUUAGUCCCUAACGUCAUCAUCUCUUUUGAGAGGAGCUCAAGAUGCGCCUAAGACUAGCAACUAAGUUGUGAAAUCAAUUGUUACGUUACUUAUAUGUAUUCCUUCCUUGUAAAGUUUUAGGUUUUCAGGUAGAAACUAAACCAUUUGUGACUCUGUUAAAAAUUUAAUCAUUUCGAUGUUUUCUGGAAAGCGGAAUGCAAAAUUGUCUUAAAAGAAUAUAAGUAAGUUAAUAAUCGAAGUAUUUUGUGUAUAUAAAAACAUAAUAAUAAUUUAACUUAAUGCGUAGUUACUAAAAUUAGAAAUUCAACUGUUGUCAUUGUUUGUUUUUAAGUGGUAUAUGGUUAUUUUGUUAAUAUUGUGAUAA